UUUUUUGGUUCAACAUUUUGAUUAUGAUAUCAAAUUCGUUUGGAGCCUGAGGAAGAAGGAGGAGUGGCGACGUCGGCGGCGGGUGGGUGGUUUAUGGACAACACACGGGUACACAGACUUGGUGAGACCCAAGGCUCAGUCAGAGAGAAAGAGAGAGAGAGAAGAAGGGAGCAGGACACGGUCAUGACUGAGUGAAAAGAAAGAAAAAAAUAUCUCCCUCACCAUCUUGUGUGCAAAAAACCACCAACCGGCUUCAGCAUUCGGUGUUUGUCUUUUUUUUUGGGGGGGGGGGGAGAAAAAAAGGAGUUUGUUUUUUUUUCAAGAAGGAGAGACAACCAACAAAAGAAGGAUAGGAAAAGGAACCAUACGCAGGGCGGCUGGAGACGGCAAUCUUUUUGAGAUCCCCCUCCCCUAUAUAUUUUAAAAAUAAUCAUUUUGUUUUAGUCUUUGUGCCGGUGAGAGGAGGAGGAUUUUUUACCCCUCUGGUGCACAAUGAAGGCGCCUGUCCGCCAUGUUACACUGAUGCCCAGGGAUUGACUGGAUCUUUCAUUUUUUUUAAUAUAUAUAUUCAUGUUUGAUUUUGCUUUCUUGAUAAAAAGAUUUUAUUAAAAAAAAAUUCCCUUCGAGUUUCAUCCCCCCCUCCGAGAGGGAGGGAGGAGAGGAGCCGGAGUUUGCAGCUGCAGCAGCCGCCGCCGCUUUUGUGUCUCUCUUAUCGGAGCUGCCAUGGCCGAACAGGCAUAUUCCUGGGCCUAUUCCCUUGUGGAUUCCAGUCAAGUUUCUACCUUCCUCAUCUCCAUCCUACUCAUUGUCUAUGGAAGCUUCAGGUCUCUGAAUAUGGACUUUGAGAACCAGGAUAAAGAUAAAGAAGUGAAUGCUUCAAAUGGCACUUUCAAUGCAAACAAUGCCAGCAAUAGUAUCCAGACCAUAGACUCUACACAAGCUCUGUUUCUUCCAGUAGGAGCAUCAGUGUCCCUCUUAGUGAUGUUCUUCUUCUUUGAUUCUGUUCAAGUAGUCUUUACAAUAUGCACUGCAGUUCUCGCAACAAUAGCAUUUGCCUUUCUGCUGCUCCCGAUGUGCCAGUAUUUAACAAGACCCUGCUCACCUCAGAACAAAAUUUCAUUUGGCUGCUGUGGACGAUUCACUGCUGCUGAACUACUCUCAUUUUCCCUUUCAGUCAUGCUUGUGCUUAUCUGGGUAUUAACAGGGCACUGGCUACUGAUGGAUGCUUUGGCAAUGGGGCUCUGCGUGGCCAUGAUCGCUUUUGUACGAUUACCAAGUCUUAAAGUUUCCUGCUUGCUUCUUUCUGGACUCCUCAUUUAUGAUGUCUUCUGGGUAUUCUUCUCCGCUUACAUCUUCAACAGCAAUGUGAUGGUGAAGGUGGCCACUCAGCCUGCUGACAAUCCUUUAGAUGUGCUAUCAAGAAAACUUCACUUGGGACCCAAUGUUGGAAGGGAUGUUCCUCGCCUCUCGCUACCUGGGAAGUUGGUGUUUCCAAGUUCCACAGGCACCCACUUUUCUAUGCUAGGAAUUGGAGACAUCGUCAUGCCAGGGCUUCUGUUGUGCUUUGUGCUUCGAUAUGACAACUAUAAGAAAGUAUCUAACAGCGAAGCCCUCCCGCCCAAUAUACCUGGCCGUAUGCAAAAGGUGUCGUACUUCCACUGCACCUUGAUUGGUUACUUCGUAGGUCUUCUGACAGCCACUGUAGCAUCCAGAAUUCAUCGGGCUGCCCAGCCUGCACUCCUGUACCUUGUUCCAUUUACACUGCUACCCCUGCUUACCAUGGCUUACCUAAAGGGUGAUCUACGGCGUAUGUGGUCAGAGCCAUUCCACUCCAAGGCAAACAGCUCAAGGUUCUUGGAAGUAUGAUGGGAUGAAGUGCAGCCAAGAGCAGCAGUGAUAUAUGCUGGGCACCAGAAGAUUCGUGUCAUGUGGUUUCAUUCUUCUCAUCAAACAUGAUUGGUGCUUAAAGUGUUAACAAAAAAGGUUGUGGAAGAAUUUUUUUUUCCUUUUAUGGAAUGCAGACCCUGUACAGUUAAUCCAACCCAUCUGCAGUUUUUGGAUUAGCAACAGACUCUCGCCCUACCAUGUAUAUUACAAAAUUUAAAAAAAACACACAAACCCUCCUUUUUAAUGACAAGAUAUCAAAUCUAAUCUUGUACAUAGAGCUGCCAUAUAGAAGACGCAACUUUGAAGAAGCCUGUUUGAAGGGACCAGCACCAAGUCAACGACUAUUCAGUUUGUCUUGAACUUUAGCCUAAAGAAGACAAGGCAGCAACAUAUCUUGAAUUCAGUAAUUAUCUGUGCGGUGACUCAUUUUUUGCCCCUCACAGACGGGAGUUGGGUAUGCAGUAAAAUCUAUGCUGUAAUUAACGUUACAUCUGAUGUUUUGUUGCAAUGAUCCAAAAAGGUAAAGACGUCAAGAUGAAUCAUGUUGUGUACUUAAGUGGCCUGUUGUAAAUUUUAGCAUGUAUAGCAUUAAAUAUUGCUUCAAUAUAAGACCCACUGUUCCCUUUUCCAAGAUGCUCCAUUACCAUAAUAUGUGAGUUUAGAAAUGUAAUUGUAGUUUGCACUUGUACCUAUGUUCAUGACCCCAAUUGAUCUUGCACAAUUAUGAUUGGUGUAGCAAAAAAAAAUUAACUUUUUUAUGGUUUUCCCCAUUUCUUCUUUUUUUGGUUUGAUUAAUUUAGCUAAUGCAUGUAUCAUAGCGUUACUCGUUAUCUGAACCCUUUUGAUUGUAGUGGUGUAUCCUUGUAAAUAUUUCUUUUUUGUAUACAUUUGUUUAAAUGUGUGUCAUUAGCUCUACAUACCUGUUGAUAAGUGUAAUCUGGUCCAAGUUUACAAGCAGUAUCUGUUUUGUACCUUGGGUUUGUAUUCAGUUCACAGAACUUUUUCUGAUAGGCAUUGACUGGCUGCCGCGGUAGCAGCAAUUUAAUAUACAGUGGCACGCAAAUCAAACCGGCAGUUUGCGUGCCUCUAGAAUUUCCAUCAUCAUUGUGAGAGCAAGUUGGCAACUAUAGCCUUCAGGCCCAGAGAUUACCUAAUAGAGUGCAAGGCCUGGAACCAAAAUGAGUUAAUUCAAACAGUGCUUCAAGUUCUUUCUCCAUGCCCACUUCUAUCUCCCCUCACCCCCUCAGCCACUACCCACCCAUUAUCCUAAAUAUACACCCACAGUGUCAGGUUGUUAUUUUUAAAGAAGAAAGUGUUUUCUUUUCCUGAAAAGACUGAGUGUAGUGUUUUUGUGCUGUAGACUAGACGAGUUGAUGAAGCCAUUUUAUAGAUUAUGGCUUUAUUGAAAGCAGUCAGAUGGACUGAAUGGAUACUGUACAAUCCUUGUACAACAGGAGUGUAUUUCUGCCCUGGAACUGAACAAUACCUUUCAUCUCUAUAUAACUUGGACAGUCAAGACUCCUUUGUAAAUAAAGCCAAAAGUUUAAGUGCA